AUGUCUCUUCGCUUUCUUAGGCCUCGACUACCGCGAACGCCCUCGGCAUCCACAGCGAAACGCAGUCUCCACGCAUCCAAACCAGCUAGAACAGUAGGGACGACCGUCAACCAAGAUGAAAUAUCGCAUUUCUCGCGUCUCUCAUCCGAGUGGUGGGACGAGCAAGGCGAAUUCUCGUUCCUUCACAGGAUGAACCCCACUCGUGUGCAGUUUAUCCAAGAAAAGCUGGCAGAGAUAGCUUCAGACGAAAACAAAAAUGGUUCCAUUGUCGACCCACGGGCAGUGCUGCAAGGACUUGACGUCUUGGACGUGGGAUGUGGAGGUGGGCUAUUGUCUGAGAGCCUGGCACGGCUAGGUGCCAACACCACAGGAAUUGACGCAUCUGAAGCGAACAUUGGCAUCGCGUCUUUGCAUGCCUCCGCCGAUCCUGCUCUGCGUUCCGGUGGAAACCUGAAAUACCUCCACACCACAACUGGGGACCUUUUGACCCCAUCUCCUUCAACUCCAACGCAACCACCAAAGCAAUACGACGUUGUAGCUUCGCUCGAAGUGCUCGAACAUGUUGACAACCCCGCGCAUUUCCUCGACACCUGUUGCCAACUCGUGAAGCCAGGAGGUCAUCUGUUCCUCUCCACAAUAGCUCGAACACCUCUCGCCUACACCCUGACCAUCCUUAUGGCCGAACAUGUCCUCGGAAAGGUCUCAAAGGGGACGCAUACCUGGAGUAAAUACGUCAAUCCAGAUGAGCUUGUCGAGUUCUUCAAAAACUAUCCUGAAGGAGCACCCAAAGACCAGAAGUGGAUUUCACCAGACGCAUCGACAUACUUGCCUCGGCACCAAGCAGAGCUCAAAGGGCUUAUUUAUAAUCCAUUAAGCGGCAAUUGGAGUCUUGGACCCCGCAAUCUGUUCGCCGCUGCUCAGUGCAACUACAUCUUUUGGGUCCGAAAACCUCACGAGACUGCGUCAUAA